GUGACGUUUUCAAACAAACCGCUCCGGUGCUGUGUAAACGCAACAACGUUUUGAUACUUUUUUGCACCGCUUUCAGACCGAUCCGGAGUAGUGUAAACGUAGUCUAAAUCAAGAUAAAAACAAUCGGUUCUGGUUCUUAAUGUAAUGUGUUAAUAUCUGCUAUAUUUCACAAUAUUCAGGCUGAUUCAAUCACAAAUAAUGGAAUAAAAGACUGAGAAUAGCAUGUGUCCAAUUUGACGCGAUUCGAGGACAAACGAGUCAUUCUCGGACAUCAUUGAUCAACUACAGUACAAUGUCAUUCGAUUGGGUCCAUUGGGCAUCCUAUGACAACAAAUCACAUCUCUAAAUGAAGGCUGCAGUUGGUGACAAUGAACGACGAUGGUUGAUCGUUGGUAUAUGUCUAAACAAAGUUCUCACUCCAGCAUUGAGAGAAGUUCUUGGAAAUGAAAUACCAAAAUGGUACCAAAGCCUACUCCCACCUCCUCAUGAGAUCGAUAAGCAGACAUUAGGAAGACAUAAGAAGAAGUUGCCACCUUCUUCAUUGAAUUUAAACUACGAAAGUAUCAACAACAAUUUCACAAAGCACAAGUCGUCUGUCCGGCGUAAAUAUGAUUAUGCUGUUAAAGAUGCAGUAUCUCUAGCGAAGUUGUUUGUAAAACCAUUCAUGGCUAACUUUAGUGGUUUUGAUGACACUAUGGAUACGUCUGCAGCUUUGUCACUCGUCGCUGAAGCUCAACCUUUUCACGCUACUGGGGCUAGUGGUAUGGCGAGAAAAGUAAGAUCAGAUAUUAGAAAUGAGUGGGCGCAUUGUAACUUUGCACACUGGACAGACGUCGUUUACCAAGCAGCUCUAAAAGAUAUGGAGACAUUAAUAAAUCACGUCAACCUUACACCUUCGAAGAGAAAGGAAAUGCUUGAUGAUCUUGUUGACUGGAAAGGAAAAGGUCUGAAACUUUGUUUUGGCGAGCCAGUAGAUCCUGAACUGCUGGAACUUGUCCACACUGAGGUUGCUGAACUUAAAGAUUUGGUAAAAUUUGUUGAAGAGAAUACAGAGGAUAUUCUGAAGGCAUUAGAAGCAGUCGAAAAAUCUUUGAAAAAUGAAAUCCAAGAGUUAAAGGAAAGACAACUCCGUACUGAGAAAGAUGUCGAGCAAUUGAGAGCUAAACAGGACGAUUUACAGAUGACCAUCUCUAAAAGAAAUGAAAAAGAACCACGAUAUCUUUUCAUGGCGCCUAAACAGAGUGACUGGUUUAGUGGCCGAAAAUCUGAACUCGGUUAUCUUCGAGACGUACUCGAGAAUAAGAGUAGAUGUGGCGAGGAAGGAGUCCUUGUCGCUGCCAUCUCUGGUCUUGGAGGAUGCGGGAAAACAAGCCUUACUGCAGAAUAUAUACACAAAUGGAAAGGUUAUUAUCAAGGAGGUGUUUACUGGUUUUCCGCAGAAAGCGAUGUCAAGUUCAAAGCCUCGGUCGAUGAGAUAGCCGCGCAAUUCGAUACACUUUAUAACGAUUCGUUCAAUGUUACAUUGUACAAGACCCUAGCAGUUUUUUCACAUAUUACAAAACCAUGGCUGGUGGUUGUUGACAAUAUGGAUGAAGCUGAUCUUUCACCAAAUUUGGUUAAUUUGGUAACAGGGCCGUGGCAAGAAAACGUCGCGUGUUUUGGUCAUCUCAUCAUAACAACACGACGAACACCUCAGGAUUUAGAAGAGCAAUUAUCUGGUAUCGAAGAAUCCAACUGUCUCAAACUUGAAUGCUUUGGUAGUGAGGAGGCAAAAGAAUUCGUCUUCAGAAGAACUGACAUUACUCGUGAUGAACAAAAAGAACUUUCCGCGGACUCCCUAUGUCAAAAGCUUGGUGGCUUACCAUUAGCAUUAGAACAAGCUUGUGCAUACAUCAAGUAUCUGGGAUGCUCAUUAUCUGAGUACUUAGGGUCGUACGAGAAACAGUCCCUCCAACUUCUAAACAAGAAGAAAGCUACCUCUUUUUAUGGAACUUCCCCAGAACGAUUGGCCGUUCGUACCACGUGGCAUCUCAACUUUGAACAUAUCAAAAAAGAUGAAAACGGGAUCGUCGCCACUCGUUUUUUGAAUGCUUCGGCGUUUUUGGAUCGCAAUGAAAUUCAAAAAGACCUCAUUAAUGUUGGCGAUCCACUUGUUGACGACAAAAUGUAUUGUGAUUACGUGAGCUCUUCUUUGGGUUCCCUUGAAGUCCUGAAACUCUUGACCGACUUUCUCUUUUCAAGGAAACUCACGAUUCUUCCCUCACUGUUCAUCGUUUAGUCCAAGAGGUCAUUCGAGAAAGUCUGACCUCAGAGGAGAAAGUUGAAAGCAUUGUUGACGCAGCCCGGUUGCUACGUUUUGCCUUCUUGAAAUGUCGCUCUCCUGAUCUUAUUUCAGUAACUGAAUAUAGUGAUCGAUCUUCUCUUUAUGCAAAUGAUUCUUCAAGUUUUCAUAAGUGGCAUAAGUUGUGUUUACAUGCACAUGAAAUUAGAAGGAAUCUAGAACGUCUUUUAGAAGUCGUCCAUGAUGUUAUCGGGAAAACUGUCUUUCUACCAGAGAUAGCAAGGGCGGUUUACGAAUGUGCUUUGCAUUUGAAUGUCAAUAAUUUGAGUGGUCAGGCAAAAAUUGUUGGAG